CUUUUUACACCUGUUGCUGGUCUCUACCGUUGCCUAAACGCGUGCUCUGUGCAAACGCCCAACCAUCCACAAUGAAUCCGGUGACACCCUCCGCUGCAUCGCCAUCCGCCCCUACGAAUACCACGUCUGCACCAGAAAUGGAAAGUGUUUAUAAGUGGAUAUCUGCCCUUACGAACGUGGAAACGAGAGAGAGUGCAUUGCUCGAGCUGUGCAAAAAACGAGAAAGUGUUCCUGAACUUGCUCCGCUACUGUGGAAUUCGUGUGGAUCUAUUGCAGCCCUUUUACAAGAAAUUUGCGCAAUAUAUCCAUAUAUCAACCCACCUAAUCUGAAUGCUCACCAAUCCAAUCGGGUUUGCAACGCAUUGGCCCUCCUUCAAUGUCUCGCCUCACAUCCGGAAACACGGAGCGACUUUCUCAAAGCAAACAUCCCUUUGUAUCUGUACACUUUCUUGAACACAAGUAAUCGUACGCGACCUUUUGAGUAUCUACGUCUCACCAGUCUCGGUGUCAUCGGUGCACUUGUCAAAACGGACGAACCUGAGGUGAUUGCUUUCCUCCUGGGCUCGGAAAUCAUUCCCUUGUGUUUGGUGAUCAUGGAGUCUGGCAGCGAACUGAGCAAAACAGUUGCUACUUUCAUCAUGCAUAAGCUGCUUCUUGAUGAAGUUGGAUUAGCCUAUAUAUGCCAGACGUACGAACGUUUUGCACACGUCGCCACAGUUUUGGACAAAAUGGUAACACAUCUAGCAAAAGAUCAAUCAUUGCGGCUCCUGAAACACGUCAUUCGGUGCUAUUCACGAUUGUCUGACGACGCCCGAGCACGAGAUGCACUGGGAACAUGUCUACCUCCCCAACUGGCGGAUGGUACGUUCAAUAACUUGUUAAAAGAUGACAUUUCGACCAAACGCUGGCUCAACCAACUUCUUCGGCAAGUCUCCGCGCGUGCCCCAGGAGGAAGUCAGAUAAGCACGAACUCAACCAGCAUUACAACGGAAUCACUAUCUGUUAGCCGCGUACCGCGUGCAGGGUUCAACGCCCCGACGACAACAGUAUCAACAACUGGUCAGGCUGCAUCCUCUGUUGCUUCUGACCCGAAUGUUGGUAGCACUAACGGAUCAAAUAACGUCCCGGUGUCCUAUUCAAACGCACUGUCACGGGCUUCAGGGAUGGAUGGUACCGGGAACAUGAGUGGGUCGAACGGUUCCGGCAGUAACACACAGACCUGAAUUUAGGGGAAACCGAUUUGUCAUGUAUCACACCAUGCUUUGUAUCCCGUCUUUUUGUUCCGCAUCCAAGUUCCUUUCCCCGAUGAACAGGAGACGUCUGUAUAGACCACCAACACCCGUUCCUCUGUUUCUUGUUCUUCUACCUGCUCGUUUCUGAGCUUACGAAAUAAUCUGGAAAAGCGUUUCAGCUGUGCGACCAACUGAACGAAACUGCGAUUCCACCUGCAAAAAUUCUUUUGUUUUUCUUCUCCGGGUCUCAUAUCUACCCUUUUUGCGGCAGAGUAACUUGUGCAAAAUGCUGGCGGAUAAUGGUUAGUGGAGUUAUUUUAUUACUAUUGGACUGUGGUACCCUAACGACGUUGACAAUCCCGCA